UUUCUAACUUUGUGCAUAUCCAUUGGGAAUACUUAUUACUCUAAACCUCUACUACUAAGGCAGAGCUACUGGGCUCCAGAUUACAACAGUAGAACCCAGGGGCGGACUGACAACUCAUGGGGCCCCCGGGCAAUAGGGGAUCAUGAGGCCCCUCUGUCCUUACCCAAACUCAAAAAAACCUAUGAAAAAGGUACCAGGGGCAUCCCAUGGGGCCCCCUACUGACCCCGGGCCCUCGGCCAGUGCCCGAGUUUCCAAAUGGUCAGUCCACCCCUGGUGGA